CGCAUUCAAUGGUUGAGUGUUUUCCCCAAAACCGUACUCUUUGUUACACUUUCCACAAAAUGGCCGACACUUCCACUGCACUCCGAGUCAUUUGAUCACCACUUCUGUCACCACAACUGAUCCACGCCAUCAUUGCGAGCAUAUAUCGCUGUGUUUUUCAUAUAUCCUGAUUGCGAGGCCUCUGCCAAGUGGUGAUCCCUUCAAUGGUUUGACGAAAAGACUGCAAAUCUGGUCACUAAUGGAUACAAAUCUUUUAUAACAAGACUUUUAAUUCAAUUGAUUUGUGCGUUCACUCAAUCCAUUGAGUGGUUGUUCAGCCAAACGUAUUAUCCAUAUCUGUAUUGUCUGUUCACUGGACAUCAACACUAAGAGAGACAGAGAGAGGAAUGUCUUCGACGUCGACGACCACCUCCUCAUCCCGUUCUUCGAGACCAAUGAAGAGAUCGCGUAAAAAGACGAUUAAAGGUGUUUGCGAUGCCAUGGAUGAGACCAAAUGCGAGACAAUUAAUGAUGAGUUAUCAUUAAUUGGGAACAAGUCUUCGUGUGUUUCGCCACAAUCGCCGUCAUCUUCAUGUGUGAGUCCACUGCUGUUCGGAUGCCAUCACUCGCCAUACGAUUUACGACGAAAGUUGUCGCCAAUCCAUGAGUCCGUGUCAGUCAUAUUGCACUCAUCGUUGGCCACCACUUGUGGCACCACUUCAUCCACAUCUGCCUCAACAAUACCUCCGUCUUCUUCGUCGUCGUCUUCGAGUUGUUCUUCGAGUUCGAGCUCUUCCUCUUCGUGUCAUUCAAACGCAUCGUUUUCUUUACAAUCGAUGAAUUGCAAGAAAAGGCCAAAAAAAUCCAAUUAUCACCACAUGAAUGAAGGUUUAGGAACGGCUGCACUCUAUCUGCUGUACGAACUGCCAGACGAAGUACUUCUUACGAUAUUCUCUUACCUUUUGGAACAAGACUUGUGUCGAGUAUCACAAGUCUGUAAGCGCUUCCACACCAUAUCAAACGACUGUGAAUUAUGGAAAACUCUUUACCAUAAUGUCUAUGAAUAUGAUUCACCGCUCUUUCACUCGAGUCUAUGUAAGUUUGAGUUCAUUUCGUACGACGACUGCGAACUCGAGAACCCAUGGAAGGAGUCUUUCAAACAAUUGUAUCGAGGGGUUCACGUGAGGCCCGGAUAUCAGGAGCAGUUUGAGGCAAACCCGGAGCGAUAUAAGGGUCGGAAUAUAACAUAUUUCGAUCGCAUAGAGCAGGCGUUCACGUACUCCGAAGAUAUCAGGGUUAUGGUUACGGUGAAGGUGAUUAAGUUCUCGUACAUGUGGACGAUCAACAACUUCAGCUUCUGUCGCGAGGAGAUGGGCGAAGUCCUCAAGAGCUCCACCUUCUCGGCCGGUGCUAACGAUAAACUCAAAUGGUGUUUACGAGUCAAUCCCAAAGGGUUAGACGAAGAGAGCAAAGACUACCUGUCCUUAUAUCUACUGCUAGUCUCUUGCAAUAAGACCGAAGUGAGGGCUAAAUUCAAAUUCUCUAUACUUAACGCUAAGAGAGAAGAGACCAAAGCUAUGGAGAGCCAGAGAGCCUACCGGUUCGUACAGGGAAAGGACUGGGGCUUCAAGAAGUUUAUUAGAAGGGAUUUCCUAUUGGAUGAGGCGAACGGUUUGCUUCCCGACGACAAACUCACUCUCUAUUGUGAAGUGAGUGUUGUGGCCGAUUCAGUCAACAUAUCGGGUCAAAACAAUUCAAUACAGUUUAAGGUUCCGGAGUGUCGUCUCUCCGAUGAUCUGAGUAUUCUAUUCGAGAGCCAAAAAUUUAGUGAUGUUUUACUAGUGGUAAACGGACGCGAAUAUUAUGCACACAAAGCCAUUCUCGCGGCCCGAUCUCCAGUCUUCGCCGCUAUGUUUGAACACGAGAUGGAGGAGAAGAAGCAGAACAAAGUGGAGAUCACAGACAUGGACCACGAAGUGCUCAGAGAAAUGCUGCGAUUCAUAUACACCGGCAAAGCGACCAAUUUAGAGAAAAUGGACGCCGACUUACUGGCGGCCGCUGACAAAUACGAUUUGGAACGACUGAAAGUGAUGUGUGAAGAGUCUCUCUGUUCCAACUUAUCGGUGGAGACGGCGGCAGAGGUGCUGAUACUGGCAGACAUGCACAGCGCCAACCAAUUGAAAGCACACGCCAUUGAAUACAUCAAUACACACGCCACAGACAUAAUGGAAACCCAGGGCUGGAAGACAAUGAUCAACAGACAGCCCCAUCUCAUAGCAGAAGCGUUUAGAGCGUUGGCCACACAACAAAUGCCUCCAAUAGGUCCGCCCCGUAAACGGAUUAAACAGUCUUAAGACUUUGUGAAACGUUAGGUUUAUUACAAUUAUUAGAGUAUUGAGUGAAUGAAAGCCAUGAAAACAGUUAGAACUGAUAGACUCUAACCAACAACUUCUUGCACCAGUAGUUCUUCCCUGUGCUCUACAACUUGUUUGAUGUGAAGUGAACUUAUUAUUGAAAUGAAUGCCUUCUAAACCAGUGGAUAAUCAAUGAGACGACUGGUCCGCAAGAGUUGAGCCCACCUUUUCAUACGAUUUAUUUUGGAAACAAGUCUUAAACUAUUUUACAAACAAAUCCCUCAAAAACUAUGUUUAAAGUGAUUCUUGAAGAUCUCGUGUUUAUGUGAAACAAACUGCAAUCAAAUAUACAUAUAUUUAUCGAUCAGACAAUUGUCAACAGUUUUUUGUAAAUGACAUCAAAUUAUUUGUUCAUUAAUUCACAUUCAAUUGCAUUAAGACUUCAUCGGAAAUGUCUGUCAAUCACUGUCGCAUGUCUUACGGUGGGAUCGAUUCAUAACUUAAUUAUUGAUAUUAUAAUUAAAGCACAAGCGAUGAGAUGCCGCGUAAGACAAGCGAUUAAUUUAUAAAUUACUGUCAACUCAUACCGAUUUGAUGUUUCUAUCAUUGAUUCAAAUAUUUGAUGUAUUAGUUAUGCAAAUAUUGUAUAAAACGCUACUAUUAUUGCAAACAAAACAACAAAUAUUUGCUGAGAAUAUAAGUAAUACCAGUGAACACCCAAAACAGACCUAAACUCUUAUUAUAUACAAUAAGUUAUGUAUUAAUUAAUUCAACCA